UAAUGUCCUGUAGAUUAAUGUACAGACACCAGUGAGACUGAAAAGCGGGGGUUUAUGGGAAAUGUAAUUUUAGACGGUUGUUGUACGGCGUUAAAUAUCGCUAAAACCGGUGCGAUUUGUAUAAAAACAUUCAACACGACAAACAGAAUAGAACCUAAUAAACUUCAUAAACGUGUCAAGGAAGUGUAUGUAAUAAAUUAGGUGAAAUCUUUAACAUUAGUUAAAUGGUAUAACCGAUUGUCAGAACUUCACUUCCGGGAUGUGUGUGACGUGUCACUUUCUUAGCCAAUGGCAGUGAGUUUUGUUUUGACCAGAACCAGGAAGUGGUAAUGUUUGUGAUGGGAGGACUGUGACCAGAAUCCUGACCAGAAGUAGGAACGAAACUAACCUAAUUAUUGAGCUAUAUUUAUCUUUAUAUCCGUGAAGAACGGCUGUUUUAAUUCAAGAGCAGGAAUUACAACCGGUGGACAUUUUAGAGAUGUGUUUUUCUUUGAAUUCUGGAGAUAACGGGCUUUAGGAAGGAACACGUUUCUUGCUCAGCCCCCGUGUUGUUGUCAUGUGAAUUAGUUCACAGCUGAAGCUCCGUGUUUUUCCCACGACACACUACUGAAGUGAUAUUUUAUCGUGUUUACAGAACGACGGUAAUGUUCAGCCGGAUAAUGGUGCGUUUUAAACUAGCUAGUUAAUUAUAGUUAAUUAUAUCUAAUCUUGUUUUGGGGGUUAUUUUGCUUUACCUGCUUAAACUCAUCAUCCACCUUACAGAUUCGCAUCCUGUUAAACUGCUGAGUCACUGAAGCAGGUGGGUUUGAGGACAUUUAAGAUGUUUGCCAGGAAAAAUAAACGUCCUGCGGCUCCCAAAGGCCAAGGAGCUGCUGCUGCCAAACAGAUGGGUUUAUUCCUCGACUUUAACCCCGAGGACAUGAUGGAUGUGAGCGUGAACGUGGACGAUCCGGAUCUGGAGGCUGAAUUCGCUGCCAUUGUGGGGAAAAAACCGACUGCUGCUGCUAAAGCGAAAAAAACCGGCAAAGCUCCGUUACCAAUGGAGGAUAUCGAAAAGAUGACUGAGGCCUGCAUGAAAGACCUCGACGAUGAUGAUGACGACGACGAUGACCUCGAGGAUGAUGAAGACCUCCUUGCGGAGCUACAGGAAGUGGUGGGUGAAGAGGAAACAGAUUCUGGAGCAGAGACCGCCACCUCGCCUGGCAUUGAGGAAACUGGGCAAGUGAGGCCAGAACCACAGGACGCGAAGGCGUCGUCCUCCACCCCCCCGGCGGCAGCAGCAGUAUGUGGUAGUGUUGAACACACACUUCAGGAGAGAAUCGUUAUGUACAACACCGCCAUAACCAACGCUAAAGCUGCAGGAGAGUCGGGUAAAGCUCGCCGCUACGAACGAGGGCUCAAGACUCUACAGAGCAUGCUAGCGUCCGUACGUAAAGGAGGAAAGAUAAACGAAGCAGAGAUCCCCCCUCCAGUGGCGUCUGGUAACCGUGGCGACGCUGUUCCUCCCUCGGCUUCUCCCACAUCCGCACCGUCCCCACCCGAGCAUAACGAAGAGUCGGACAGCGCUGUGGAGACUUCACCCGUUUCCACGGAGACCAUCUCUGUGUCCACGCUGCCGGAAGUGAAAGUAUCCUCAGCAGAGACCUCGCCCGUUUCCGUGGAGACCUCCGCUGGUUCUCUGGAGCCGCCAGCCAGCAGUGACGGUCCGUCUGCUGUGAUCCUGCCCGAGGAGGAGCGUAUCCCAGAAUCCCCUGCAGAUGCAAAAGUAAGUGCCCCCAGUAAGGAGGCGUUGUUGGAGAGACAGAAGCAGUACAGGAUGGCCGCUGUGAGGGCGAAACAAGCCGGAGAUCUGGAACAGGCCAAAACACACAUGAAGAGCAGCAAGAGUUUUGAUGCUGCGCUCGCGGCGCUGGCGAAAGGAGAGAGCGUGGACCUCGGUAAACUUCCUCCUCCUCUGUCUGGAGGGACGGAAUCUUCUCCAAAACCAGCUGUAAAGAUUUCGCAAUCAUCCCCGAACAUGCAGGCACACGAGGCGGCAGUGAAUCCGCCCGGACCGGUCCCGCCCAAAACCGUUUUGGAAGCUCUGGAGCAGAGGAUGGAUAAAUACAAAGAGACGUGCGAUCAGGCUAAAGCUAACGGCGACGAACGCAAAGCUCGCAUGUACGAUCGCAUCGUCAAGCAAUAUCAGAGCGCCAUCCGCUCACAUAAAGCAGGACGAGCUGUUAAUUACGAAGAGCUGCCAGUACCGCCAGGUUUUCCACCAAUCCCAGGACAGGAGGCGAUUAAACCUGAGCAGGGAUUGGCUGCCGCGCUGGAAACAGCCAGUAAGCUCGCUUCUAACGAGGCAGACGGCGGAGACGACGAUGAUGAGGAGGAGGAAGAGGAAACAAAGAAAGAAAGCAAACAGCCCAAAGCUCCAGCAGCAGUGGAGAAGCAGAAGAAGCAGACGAUGGCGGUUCCUCAGGCAGUCCAGCGUCCUAAAAGAACUCCUUCACCUUCACCUGAGAGACCUACCAAGAACGAGAACCCGUCUUCCACAGUGACGGAGCAGGUGGAGAUGUUGGAGGCUCGGAGGAAGCAGUACAUGAAGGCGGCGCUGCAGGCCAAACAGAAGAACGACAUGGAGCAGGCCAGGGUUUAUUUACGCACAGCCAAGAGCUUCGAGCCGCUGAUUACUGCAGCACGCAGCGGAAAACACGUCGACCUCAGCAAGGUCCCGUCUCCCCCUGCCGAUGAGGACGAGGACUUCAUCGUGGUCCAUCACAGUGAGGUGGAGGUGUCUGAGAGAGCUGAGGAGGUUUACACUCAGCUCAGCACCAUGCUCAAGGAGCAGUACGAGAAAUGUAUGACUUACUCCAAGCAGUUCACUCACAUGGGGAACAUCGCUGAAACAACGAAAUUUGAGAACAUUGCAGAGAGAUGUAAGAAGAGUCUGGAGAUCCUGAAGCUGGCCCAGAACCGAGGACUCGAGCCUCCUAAGCACCACUUCGAGGAGAGAACGUAUCGCACCGUCAGGAUCUUUCCGGAGCUCAGCAGCAGUGACAUGGUGGUGAUGAUAGUAAAAGGAAUGAAUCUUCCGGCUCCCCACGGCGUGGCGGCGAACGACCUGGACGCGUACGUCCGGUUCGAGUUCCCCUACCCCAGCACAGAUCAGCCUCAGAGACAGAAAACUGCGGUGAUUAAAAACAACAACAGUCCCGAGUACAACCAGAGCUUCACCUUAAACAUCAACCGUAACCACCGCAGCUUCAAGAGAGCGGUGCAGACCAAAGGCCUGAAACUGGAAGUGUUUCAUAAAGGUGGCUUCCUGAGGAGUGAUAAACCUGUAGGAACAGCUCAUGUUAAACUGGACAAACUGGAGACUGAGAGUGAAGUGCGUGAGAUAGUGGAGGUGAUGGAUGGCCGGAAGCCCACAGGAGGUCGAAUAGAGGUCAGGGUUCGUCUUAGAGAGCCACUGAGUGGUCAGGACAUGCAGUCGGUCACCGAGCGCUGGCUGGUGCUGGACCAAUCACACUCGAUCUGAUCUUCACUCCGUCUGAUCCGCUGUGAUGUCACACUCGGACACGCUGCUGUUCCUCGUCCUUCGUUACAAAAGUUGGGAGAAGACGUCACAGUUUCACAUCAAAACCACACGGCGGCGCUGUUCACACGUUCAGUCCAGCACGGGAAGAAAAAAAUAAAAACACACAGCUGGGGUGAUUCAUGAUACACAGUGAGAUUAGAUGAGCGAGUUAUCUCUCACACACACUCACACACACACACACACACACACACACACACACCUCUGUAUGGACUUUAUUGAUGUUGUGUGUGAAUCUGAGAUGCUGUUUGUGAUUAAAGUGUGGCUCAGUGACGUUUAAACCGCACUUAUGCACUAAUACCAAAGCGAUGGGUGUAGCUGGAGCGCGACGUGGUACGAUUAUUUAACCUGCUGUAUUAUAGCACAACACUGCUGUAACAUUUAACACGCAACUGAUUUAUCUAUGCAAAGUGCUCGUGUCGGUUCCCUCAAACACCGCAAUGGUUUUAUAAACUCAUUUGUAUGUCAUGAAGCAAAUCCGCUGCACGGAGAGACACGGGUUUAACCACACGCCAAAGCCAUAAUCCGCACUCACGCAAACCCAAAUGAUUACAAUACGCAUAUUUAUUACAGGAAAACACUUCAACGCGCUGCUAAGCUAGCAUUUAGUGUGGAAUCUCUUCUUCCAGUGGUGGUGUUUUUUUGUUUUUUUUAACGCGCCCUUGUCCACUUCCAAGCCCUCGGAGUACUUCAUCCUGAGACGGAUGGAGAUCGUCAUGAAAUUUCAACAGCGCCACCUGCAGGACCGGAGCACUCGUACGCGACGAGUUCGUAGCGUCACGAAGGCGGUUUCAUUUUCUCACAAAACUCUCCGAGGUGUCGUCUUCACGUUACGUACGCCGAAGAGGCGUGAAAAAAACGUACCGUUAUUUUAUUUAAGUUUACGUUUGUUCGAGAACUGACCGUGCGUUCGCUCCCGCUAGCGAAGUGUGAGCUAAUUUGCGUGAAACGUCAAUCGUCAAAGCUCCGUCUCACGACCCUAGACAAAAAUUGCUUGCUGGUGCGAACAGCUGGAUCUGUAAGGAAAUUAGAUAGUACGUUGUUGUUGUUUUUGUGUUUUGGAGAACUUCUACAGUUCUUCUGUUCUUCCUGCACUUAGGUUUUUAUCUUAAAAGCGCGGAAAAAUCGCCGGAAACGGAAUAUUCGGAAAUCGCAUAAAAAUGUUUUUUUUUUUUUGAAAGUAGGGAACGUACGAUUUUUAAAAUCUGCGGAAGUGGACGAGGGCGCGUUCUAAACUUCGGGAUGAUUACUCGCACGCACUUUUCGGCUGCUCUUCCUGCACUUUGACGUGGUUUCGCGGUGGUGGUUCUGUCGCUCUUCAGGCUGUUCGCCAGGUUUACAUGUAACGCUCUGCUGAGCAAACCAGACACGCUCGUAUUUUUAUUAUUAUUAUCAUUAGUGUCCGGUUUUUCACUUUAGAUAGUAUAUAACAUUGUCCGAGUCUUGCCAAACUAAGUGGUUGCCAUGGUAAUAUGCUCUGUUUAAAAAUAGCUUUGACCCGUCACUGACGGGCGUGCGCUGAUUAAUCGGUUAUACGAUACAUCACAAUAUUUAGCACACGAUAUUAUAACGAGCGCUUCCCCCUCACCGGACGCAGGAUAAAACGUUCACGUUUUAGGAGAAAGCGAACCGCUACGAUAAACACGUUCUACGAGCAGCAGUGUAUGUUACCGUGGUAACGCUGUAAUCCAUGAUGAAUAAUAACAGCUUUAUUAAUUUAUGCUUUAGUCUGUAGUUUCGCUGAGGAGAAGAAAAAAAAAACAAAUGUCUGCGCUCUUUGGCGUCGAAAAACAAUUAACACCCCAAAAAAUGUUGUUUUUUUUUAUUCUUCUAUAAAUACACACACACCCAGGUCUUCGUAUGUGUGUCGUAAACGAUCUCGUUCAUCUCCGUUAGCUACUCCGCUUUAAGAUUUUAGGAGGCGGGGCCUAGAUAGGGGCGGAGUCAUAGAAAUCAAAGCCGGUGGGGGGGGUCGUAAAAUUUCAGCGGUUAGCAAGUGGGUGUGGUUUAUAAUAUUCAGUGGGUGUGGUUUAUAAUAUUCAUUAACCUCAUAUCUUCAGUGUAAAACUACAGCCUCCAAACACGUCGAGUUUUUUUGAGAUAAAGGCGGACGUUUUGGACAUUUUAGUUUCUUUAAAUUCCGAAUACGCCAAGAGUUCAUUUCACUACUUUAUCGUUCUUCCAUUUCAAAGUUGUAGUAAUAACUCCGGUAUCUUUUAUUGUUGUAUUUGUUUUUUGGUGUUUUUUUUUUGCUUAGAAGUGAACGUGCCAUUAAUCAGUUCUUCAGUGUGUCUCAGUUAUCCGCUAUAUCAUCACCCCUUGUUCCAAUCAGCAGUAGGCUGCCUAAGUAGGGAGCAAUGUUUAAGUCUACCUGAAUGUUCCCUCGUUUCGGACAUCACCUUUCCGUCUUUUCCGGAGAAAACAAUCCCAUGAUCCUAUUCUGAAAACGCUGAUAUGGGAACUGAAUACUGGCACACGCUGGGAUUUCCACACACACACCCACACACACACACUCACUGAGCUGGAAUUAAAUAGCCGUGUGUAUGUGUAGAAAACGUUGACCUGAGCUGAUGAAGACGUCGUGGUGUUUUUUCUGAAAGCUUCAUGACGGAAGCUGAAAGCUGGAUUUUUCAGACUGUUGUAGAAAGUUUGUGAAUUAAACUUCCUUUAGCAAUAAAGAUUGAAAAGACG